UACUGACAGCAAUAAAGACUGCUUGUUCAUCUCGUACGUCCGCUUUGUGAAUGGCGAGUCACUGUGCGAGGAUUUGCUGUUUUGCAAAUACAUAAAAAAUAGAGCCACAGCUGAUGAGCUGUCUAAGAUCACGGACAGUUACCUCAAAGAACACGGCCUUAAAUGGGAAAACUGUGUGGGCUUUUGCUCUGAUGGCGCACAGACCAUGGCAGGGUCAAGAAACAGGCUGCAGGCACUAAUAAAGAGGGUUGCGCCAGAUGCGCACUGGACGCACUGUGUCAUUCACAGGGAAGCGCUCGCGUCAAGGCAGCUCAGCCCUGAACUAAAUGAGGUUUUGACAGAAGUUGUGAGCGUGGUAAAUUUGAUCAAAACCCGACCCCUGAAAGCGCGACUGUUCUCCGCACUUUGUGAGGAAAUGGGAGCUGAUCACACAUCUGUGCUGUUUCACAGUGAAGCAAGGUGGCUCUCCCGGGGCAAAGUGCUGUCGCGCGUCUUUGAGCUCAGGGCAGAGAUUCGGAUGUUCUUGGAGGAGGAGCGCAUGUACGAGGCUGCAAGCAAGUUCAGUGAUGAACAAUUUCUGUUUAAACUGGCCUACCUCAGCGAUGUGUUUGGCAAGCUGAAUGAAUUAAAUCUUCAGCUUCAAGGCAAAGACAAGCACCUACCUCACCUGGCAGACAAGAUCACUGCAUUCACCCGAAAGCUUGAGGUAUGGGGCAGGCACCUCGAUCGGCAAAACAUAGAUGUCUUUGAGAACCUGAGUGAAGUUGCUGAAACCACUGAUUCUAGAGCCACCACAGUGAUCCCAUGCAUUAAGCAGCACAUCUCUUCCCUGAGAGGAUUGUUUCAAAAAUACUUCCCGAACAGCAGUGCUCAGUAUGCCUGGGUUAUGGAUCCAUUCAAUGCAGCAGCACCUGCUGAUUUUAGGUCUGCUGAGGAGGCACCUGAGGCUCAGGUUUAA